AUGUACCUGCUGUCAGCAUUUUUUGAAGUAGUCUCUGUGGACUCAGGUGAAAUUAAAAAACAAACAUGUGAACAAACAGGUUUAACACUGGAAUGUAAUUAUAUACCGCAGGAAAUACCACAAGGCAUUACAGUCGUUCACAUUGUAGACUGGUUUGAAAAUUCUAAUUCGGAUGGUCUUCCUUCAAAAAGAAUCUGCAACGGAAGAACUUUCCAGUCAAAUACUUGGGAAAAUGUUACAAUUCUGGAAAUUAAUGAUAUUCUAACUGAUGAGUCUAUUUUUGCUUCUAUUCAGCUGCAGUCGGAAUGUUUUUCCGCAUUAAAGGAACUUAAAGAAUUACACUUGCAUUUAGACAACUUUGAUCUCAAUGAAAAUGCGUUUGUUGGGCUAGAAAAACUGCAGAUACUUGAUUUCAGAAGAUGUUCAAGACUAGACAUGACGCAACUUAACAAAGCUCUUAAAGGUCCUGAAAAAGUUCCAAAUUUGUCAGAAAUUUCUUUGUCCCAUGCUGGUUAUAUCUCAAACUAUCUGCAACUGGAUGAAGCAUUUGUUGAUGCUUUAUCUGACAAGCCUGUUAAGAAAAUUGAAGCCAGUGACACCCAGAUUACAACUGUAAGUAUUACAGAAAUUCUUGAAAAUAUGAAACAUUUGGAAAAAUUCAAUGUUUCCAACACAAAAAUAGGAUAUGCCCAUAUUGAAGGGUUGGAACACCAGAACUUUCAACGACUCAAAACAAUUGAUUUAGAAAUGUAUGAAAAUUCAAUGGAAUUUAUCCAUCCAAGUCUGUUAGCAAUAGUUCCAAAUCUGCAAAGUUUAGAUUUGUCAGACAAUUUCAUAAAUGCUAUGGCAGUAGAGAAUUUUACUCUCUUUGAAACUUUACUAAAGCCUCUCAAACAGCUGAAAACUGUCUACUUGUCGAACGACGGAUUACGCAGGUUACCUUCAACAUUUUUUGAAGGCAACAUGCAUCUGGAAGUAAUCGACCUUUCAAGCAACUGGCUUAAACAUGUGACCUUUAACCUUGGAACACUGAAGCAUCUGCGAGAGCUAAACCUUUGCAACAACAAUAUAGUCAGACUUGGACAGGAUUCUUUAAAUAAUUUGAAUAACUUGCUAAAUUUCGUGAAUGGCACUCAGGAGAUAGAGAUCACUUUACUUUUUAAUCCGAUAUCAUGUGCCGAAUGUGGAGAUCGGAACUCUAUUGAUUGGAUUUUGGGAGCAAUUAAAUCGAAUUUAACCAACACAGAUCUCCAGUGUCAACAGGAAAAUGGCACAAAGGAAGAAAUAAAUAAAGCAACUUUAGAAAAAUUACAAACGCUGUGUCGGAGAAAGGUACAUAUCAAGGUAUCCGCAAUAACAGUUGGCAUUGUAUUACUAGUAAUAAUAUCUCUUUCAGUUAUAAUUUACAAGAGAAGAAAAAUAAUGAAACACCGGAAAAACAAAGCAGAAGUUCUGAGUCGCCUUCGAGACGGCGAAAAUGCGUAUGAAUUUGUGGCUUUUCUAGGAUAUAGUAGUGACGAUGAAAAUUUCGUAAAUACUUACGUCAUUAAUCAAAUGAAUGAAACCCUUCAGCAGAUAAUUGGAAUAAACCGAAAUCUAAUAUGCACGGGUGACAAGUACUUCCGGCCUGGCCGCAUGGUCCAUGACGAAAUCGCGACAUGCUUAGAGCGUUCGUGUGUUAUGGUCGUAUUAAUAUCAGAUUUAUACUGUUCAAGUGUGUACUGUCGCAGUGAGUUUGAUCAAGCUCAUAUUUAUGGAAAGCCUAUCGUUCUGAUGGUACGUGGGCACGUUGAUGAGGAUAUGAUGUCACCUGCUAUGAAACAACUUUAUCGUAAGAACGCUAGAGUAUUGUGGUCAGAAGAAAACGGGGAGUAUGUACUGAAAACAACAUGGGAAAAUGUGUGCUCAUCAAUUCUUGACCUGAUAAAAUAG